AGCACUUUGGCACAACUACGUAGCAUAAUCCGAUGACACUGCUUCGAACUGCCGUCUUCCAUGUUUGAGCAUGUCUGAGUCGUAUUCAUUGCUUGCCGUGUGAAGUCUGUUAGUGUCAGUGAUCUGAUGUGCCACGAUCCAUGCGGUGCAAGCGCCGAGCCAUCAAUGCAUGCGAGGCACUAGAACUGAUGUGGCUCAACAAGUGCGGGGCAGUUUUUGUGCCAGCCACAGGAUAAUUUAAUGUUAUAUAUCGUAACGAGAUCUGGCUCUCAGGGCUGCGUGGUGCCAGUCGUCAUGUUCCACAGGUCUGCACGGCUAUCGCAGCUAAGAUAUACUAGUGGACAUGGUGGUUGAAUCUCUCAUAUCCCGCUGUAUCCUGUCUUCAUCGCGACAAUGUCUGAGGCUCGCAUUUCAUUCCCUAGGCUCGCCUCCUACCUCGAGACAAUAUUCUUAUUCACCCGGUCCGAUUAUAAGACAAUCUUCUUCCCAGUGAUCAUUUUUGCCACGGCGACUGCACCUUCUACAGGAGCAAAACAACUCAUUCAUACGGCUAUAUGGGUGUGGAUUCACCUAUUACAAGCCAACGUAUCCAAUCAAACCUACUCAGCCCAUGAGGAUGUCAUUAACAAGCCGUGGCGUCCUUUGCCAUCUGGCAGGAUGACGGCCGACGAAGCCCGGCGAUUUCGCUGGUUCCUGCUCGUCGUUUGCUUAUGUCUUUCUGCAUGGCACGGUGCUGGAGUCCUCUUGGCUAGUACGGGACUUUCAUUAGUGGAGAUCUUCCAUGACGACUUCGGUUUCAGCUCAGACCCUGUCCUUAAGAAUCUCUGCAAUGUUGGUGGGUAUCUGACAUUUGAGUCAGGUGCCAUUUUGAUUCUCUCUUCUAAGACGUCUGUCGAUCACACCUCACUUGUGGCCUUACUCAGCAGUGGCCUCUUAAUAUUUACAACCAUUCACGCUCAAGAUUUCGCAGAUGCCGAUGGUGAUCGCCUUUCAGGCCGCCGAACACUUCCUAUCGUUGCUCCCGAAGGAUCACGUCUAUACAUGCUAACCGCUCUUCCCGUGUGGUCAAUCGUUCUUUCCGCGCUUUGGGAUCUCGGACCGAUGUGUGGUACACUCUUCCUCGUGAUGGGACUAUUCGUUGGAAGCCAGUACUUUCGAUUCAGGGAUGUACAGCACGAUCAAUCGUCAUAUUUAUUAUACAACGUGUGGCUGCUGGCAGCACAUGUAUUGCCUAUGAACGCUCGUUCCAGGAUACUGAUUUGGUGACUGGGUAUGAGCAGUGCUCGUCGCCUCUCUAUCUCAGUAGUCAAGUCGGUUGAUAAAUUAUAUAAUAGUACUAGUAGGAGACGAACUGAUAAACAAAUAAUAAUAUUGGGCCCACCGCCUGGUCCUAAG